AUGCAGUCCAUCAGAGAUGUGAAACCUAACUUCAGCAGCCCUCCUCCCUCCUCCAUGGCUGCUGGACCAGAUGCCUAUCUCCAGGGCAACAUCAGGAUGACUCUGGAGGACCUUGAACUCUGGAAGACCUUCCAUGAAAUAGGAACAGAGAUGAUCAUCACUAAACCAGGAAGGAGGAUGUUUCCACACUGUAAAGUUAAUAUAACUGGCCUUAUUCCAUGUGCCAAGUACAUCCUACUGGUCGACAUGCUCCCUGAGGACGGGUUCAGGUAUAAGUGGAAUAAAGAGAAAUGGGAGGUGGCAGGAAAAGCAGAGCCUCAACCUCCCUGCAGGACCUACUUCCACCCUGACUCUCCAGCCCUGGGGAGCCACUGGAUGAAGCAGCCCAUCUCCUUCCUCAAGCUCAAGCUCACCAACAAUACACUGGACCAGCACGGCCAUAUCAUUUUGCACUCCAUGCAUCGCUACCACCCGUGCUUCCACGUUGUUCAGGCAGAUGACCUGUUCAGUGUCCGCUGGAGUGUUUUCCAGACCUUCACCUUCCCUGAGACUUCCUUCACAGCAGUGACUGCAUACCAGAACACCAAGAUAACAAAGCUGAAGAUCAACCACAACCCAUUUGCAAAAGGAUUCCGGGAUGAAGGCACUAAUAAAAAAAGGCGUACAAACAAAAAACCAGCCUGUCUUGAGAAGCAACCGAAGAUGUCAGACAUUUUAAAAGGGGACUCAGAAGAGGACACACCACCAGAUUUCUGCCAGUCAUCAUUUGAGGGGUACGACAGAGAGGAAGGAGACUUGGCCAAAAGCAAAGAGGCCGAUGCCGUCAAAGUGGAGCCUUACUCCCCCUGGGUUGCUGAGAGGGAGCACAGUGUGAGGACUGACUCUCCUGCUGAGGCAGACACCAGGGACAUGUAUAACACAGAGCAGCUUGUUCCUGCAUCCGCUUCCUACCAGCCAUACAGGUUCCAUGAGUAUGGGAAGUCUCCCUCUCCCUCCUCCAGCACCGGCAGCAGCAACAGCGGAUCAGGACGCAGCAACUUUGAGUCCAGAGUUCCUGAUGUCGCCACUGUGCCUGACCAUGACUCUUCAAAGCCCCGUACACAGGAGCUUGGCCCUGCCCCUUGCGGCCCCCAGCAUCUCCCUGGUCCUCAGGACUACACCGGGGUCCUGAACAUGACCAUGGCCCAAGCCGGCAAGCCGGGAGUGAUUGGCCACCACAUCUACAGCCCCUACAGUGCGGAGCAGCCCCUGGGCCAGUGGAGCGGUCCUGGUCCUGCCCAGUAUCCCCCCCCUCACCACCUGACUCCUGACUACACCACGCAAGCUGUGCACCAUGGCUAUAAAAAAACUGCUGGUGAAGGAAUCUUCAGUGUUAAUAAGUGA